UUCUGCUGCACUAUGUAUGAUUGAUGAAACCCAGAAAUGAAAAAUAUUAUAAAAAUAAAAUAGGCGCAGAAAUAAGAAUCUCCCUUGUGCGAGUAACUCUCUUCCCUCCCUCUUUUCUUCAUUACGUUCCAUUCUUUCACUCUGUUGCACUUACCCCAAACAAAUCCUCCUUUGGGUUUUCUUUAGUCUUUCCUUUUUGUGGGGUUUGCCUAAUUCAAAACCCUUGUUAUCCCCCUUCAAACACCAUUUUUUUUUUGCUUAAUCUUGUGAUUUGCCAAUCUUGAUUUGUCUUUCGUUAGAAAAAAGUUGGAAAUUUUAUUAGUUUUGGGGUAGUUUCUAGGGUUUUCUUCACUUUUUAAAUGCAAUUUACCAAGAUUUGCUGUCAGUUUCUUCUCAGCAUUUGCUCAAUUGGAUGGUUUUAUCAUAACCCAUUUUGAUUUCCUGGCUAAUGAUUGCAACUUUGUUUAAAUUCUUGGUUUAAAGAUUGCAACUUUGUUCAAAUUCUUAGCUUAAAAAUUGGAACUUUGUAGUGGUGAAGAGGGAAGAUGAAUAGUGUUUUUAAUGAGCAGAUACUUGCAGACAAGCUUUCGAAGCUCAACAGCACUCAGCAGUGCAUUGAAACAUUGUCCCAUUGGUGCAUCUUCCACCGAGAUAAAGCAGAGCUAGUUGUUACAACAUGGGGUAAACAGUUCCACAGUUCCGAAAUGGCUCAGAAAGUCCCUCUACUGUACCUGGCAAAUGACAUCCUACAAAACAGCAAACGUAAAGGAAAUGAGUUUGUCACCGAGUUUUGGAAGGUUCUUCCUUCAGCACUAAAGGAGAUGGUCGAAAAAGGAGAUGACCAUGGAAAGAAUGUAGUUUCCAGAUUGGUUAAUAUUUGGGAAGAAAGGAGAGUUUUUGGAUCUCGAACGCAGAGCUUGAAGGAUAUAAUGCUUGGAGAACAGCUGCCACCACCAUUAGAGUUUGGAAGAAAGCGAAGUCGUUCUGUCAGAAUAGUUAAAAGGGACUCACGGUCCAUAAAAACGAAAUUGACCGUCGGAGGAACAGCUGAAAAAAUAGUGUCAGCAUUUCACUUGGUAAUCAGCGAACAUUCUACUGAAGACGAAGAAAUGAACAGAUGCAAGUCUGCUGUCCACCAUGUUAGAAAGAUGGAAAAGGAUGUUGACAUGGCCCUUACAAAAGCAAAAGAUCCAAAGAGGAAAACCUUGUCGAAAGAACUGGAGGAGGAAGAAAAUAUUUUGAAACAGUGUAUUGAGAAACUUAAAGUUGUUGAGGCAAACAGAUUGACUCUUGUUUCACAGUUAAAAGAAGCACUAAAUGAACAGGAAUCUGAACUAGAGAAUGUUCGGACUCAG